CCGACCCGUUUUCCAACGAGACCAGACCCACCAGAAAACAACCCAGCGCUCAUUUUCACUUCUCCAUCACAACCUAACACCGCCGCCGCCGCCGCCACCACCGGAGUACCCACACAACACCUACUUCUCCAAUUAUCCAGCAAACGAGCCUACUGAAACCUCUUUCUCCGGCGAGCUUUUGGCUCCAUUGAACCGUCAACAACAACAACAAAGCCACGAGCUCCGGUGAGCAACCAAACAGUCCCCAGUGAACUCGUGAGAAACAACCGGCAAAGCCCAGCUGCGGCGACGUCGUCUCAGGUGAACCUCCGAGCUCCGACGGACUCGUGAUCCAACCACCAACGUCGAAAAUAGACGACCUGGAAGCUCCAAACUUCAGCAACACGGAGAAUGAGGUAUUUGAAGCCAUCCAACUUGUUUCAUGAAUUACUGAAGUCAAAUGCACUUGCAAGUAGCCGUAUUCUUGGGUUGGAUGUGGGUGAUAAGUACGUUGGUCUAGCUGUUUCGGACACAACAAAUAAAGUUGCAUCACCUCUCGCUGUUCUCCUCCGCAAGAAAACAAAUAUAGACUUGAUGGCCAAAGAUUUACAGGGUCUGGUUUCUGAACUUAACUUGGGGGCCUUUGUUUUCGGCUAUCCAUUUGAUAGACAAAAAACUAGUCGAGAUGCUGUGCAUGUGAAGUUAUUCAUUGACGACCUUUGUCGGACAGGGGAACUUAGAGGUGUAAACUACACCUUUAGGGAUGAAUGCUUCACAUCUAAGAAUGUGGAGUUCUUACUACAAGAUUUAAAGUUACACCCAACACAGUCGAAGACCAUGUCAGACAAAUUUGCAGCAGUUGGAAUACUUCAGGGAUUCCUCGACUUUGUUAACAGGAAACACGCCUGAGAAAUUUCUUCGAAAAAUGGACAUGCAUCUACUUCAUUAUAUGUUGUACAUAUAAUAAACAUUAAAACUAGGAGUAGCAUGUGUUGCUGUAGUUUGUUACUCUCUGUAUAAAUUUGUAACAGUGUAUUCGAAGACAAGACAGUAAUGUUAUGGAUUUGGGCUUCUUUGUUGGUCAGAUCUUGUGACAUCUUGACCACAUUUUCAUCUGCUUGAAGAAAUACGAAAACUUUUCUUUCUCAGCUA